AUGGCGAGGGGGUGGUGGGGCCGAAGUGAUUUGAUGGAAUGGAGAUCUCAAAUCAAUUUAGCCUUGCGUCGAUGGUUGGAUUUGCGUCAAAAAGCUAUAGCACUACUCACAUGUGUUUUUGUCUAUCUUGUUAUUCGGAGGAGGUGCCAAAGAGAGGGGGGGUUAAAUGAGAGGUUUUAUCCUUUUUUUAAGGAUUGUAUUGGCGCCAUAGAUGGAACACACAUACGUGUGAAGGUAUCUGUUAAAGAUGCUCCUCGAUAUCGUGGUAGGAAAGAAUUCCCAACACAGAAUGUGUUAGCAGCUUGCUCAUUUGAUUUAAAAUUCACCUAUGUGCUCACCGGAUGGGAAGGCACAGCAUCUGACUCUAGAAUUAUGAAAAAUGCAUUAACACGAGAGGAUAAGCUGAAAAUUCCUGAAGGUAAAUACUACCUUGUGGAUGCUGGUUUCAUGCUAACUAGUGGACUCAUUACACCCUACAGAGGAGUCCGUUAUCAUUUGAAAGAGUUUUCAGAAAGAAAUCCACCCCAAAAUUAUAAAGAAUUGUUCAAUUUGCGACAUUCAUCAUUACGCAAUGCAAUUGAAAGGGCUUUUGGUGUUUUGAAAAAAAGAUUUGACAUUUUAGCCAAUUCAGCUGAGCCUACUUAUGGAGUGAAAGCUCAAACUCUUAUUAUUGGAGCAUGUUGUAUUCUUCAUAACUAUUUAAUGAGUAUAGAUCCUAAUGAGGAUCUCAUAGAAGAAGUAGAUCAUGAACUUGCAACUCAAUCUGAGUCUAAUGAUAAUAUUCGUGAUCGACGUGGUGACAAUGAGGAGGCUGCUCGGGGACAGUUGAUUAGAGAUACUAUAGCAAAUGAGAUGUGGAUAGAUUAUCAAAAUAGGCUAAUGGGACGUGGUGGCAAUGUACCCUAA